AUGAGGCAAACAUUUCGUCGAGUAGAAUCAGUCUUGCUUAUAGCAGAUAACCAAGAUGCUCGUACUUGCAUGAGAACAUGCCCACCACAGAAUUGUCGUGAAGCAUUUACACUAGUUGGUGAUCAAGUACACGCCGGUGCAGAACAAAGAUACUACUCAAGUAACUAUGAUAAAGCAAGAUACAUUUCUGCUGAUGUUGAACAACAAAUUACUGAAACGCAGAGGGAGCUGAGUGUGAAUCAAGCAGAGUAUGAACGACUACGAAGACAAUCUAAUGAAUUUACUAACAGUUUAAAGUCUAAUACUGUACAGAAAAAUAAAGCUCAGACUCAAAGAAUGAAAACUCAAGAACUGAUCUGUAAAGUACAGUUUGAUAUUAAUGAAUUAAGAAACUAUGAGGAAGCAGCUCCAGUUGAUGUGACAACAUUAGAAGAGGAGGUUGGUGUCUAUGAAGACCAGAUGGACAAACUCACACAGCAGAAACAAACAGCUGAGAAAGACAUGGAAAAACUUAAAAACAAUUACAAAGAGGCUAUUGACAAUUUUGAAAAAGUAGACAAAAAGUUCAAGGAAUUGGCUGAGAAGGUGGAGCCACUUAAGGAUGACCUUAAUAGGGCUCAUGUUGAUGUAGAAACUGCCAAACAACACAAACAACAUUAUGAAGGAAAGAGGAGAGAUCACAAUGCCAAAAUUGUUGAUCUGAAAAAGCAGUAUGCAAGAGAAGAGAAAAAGACAGAGGAAGCUACAAAAAAGGCACGUGAAAUAUGUCCUGAACGAAUAGAUACUAGACGUACAGCAUCUAACAUUGAUAGUGAAAUUACCCAAGUAGAGAGAAGAAUUCUUGCAGAACAAAAGAAGUGA